AUGGCAAACCAUGGCGAUGAAGCGCCAUACCCGCGGCGUAUACCGUAUUGGAGACUCAUGACCGACCAGGGGUUCGUCACCCAAGAGAUCAUCGAUUAUCCCUACGCCGGCUCUGGAACAGAAGAAAAUCCAUUCAUCGUUGAAUGGAUUCCCAACGACCCCAGGAAUCCUAUGCAGUUUGAUACUCGCAUCAAAUGGCUUUACACUGUGAUAGUCGCCUUUGCGACCUUGGCCGUUUCUCUAGCCUCCUCUGCAUAUGCAGGUGCUGUAUCUGAGGUACUCAAAGAUAUGGAUGUUAGCGAAGAAGUUGCAACUCUCGGUAUUUCUCUGUUUGUCCUUGGGUUUGCCGUUGGGCCACUUCUCUGGGCCCCCUUCAGCGAGCUGGUCGGACGUCAAAUCAUCUUCUUAAUUACAUUUCUCGCUCUUUCUACAUUCUGUGCUGGCGCAGCAGGCUCUCAGAACGUUUGGACUCUGAUUAUCCUCCGCUUUUUCGCUGGCUCUUUUGGCUCAUCGCCCUUUACCAAUGCUGGUGGAGUUAUUGCAGACAUAUUUGCUGCAGACCAGCGUGGCUUAGCGACGAGUCUGUUUGCCGGCGCCCCUUUCCUUGGUCCCUCUUUGGGGCCGGUGGUAGGUGGGUUCCUUGGUGAGAAGGCUGGCUGGCGCUGGGUGCAGGGGUUCCUGGCUGUCUUCACGGGCCUUAUAUGGGUGAUUGAAACUAUGUGUAUCCCAGAAACAUAUGCGCCCCUCUUGCUAAGGAAGCGUGCCCAGCGCCUGUCCUCUAUAACCGGCUGCGUCUAUCGCAGUAAAAUGGAAAUUGACCGUGGCAAAGUCUCCGCGCGCGAGGCAUUUAGUGCUGCACUGAGCCGGCCCUGGAUCCUUUUGUUUGCUGAGCCGAUCGUUCUUUUGCUAUCAAUCUACAUGGCUAUUGUAUAUGGAACACUCUAUAUGCUUUUCGACGCCUUCCCAAUCGUUUUUCAAGAAAUUCGUGGCUGGAGCGAGGGUGUCGGAAGUUUACCAUUUCUCUCCGUGAUGAUCGGGAUGAUGGUAGCCGUUGGACUGAACAUGUACGACAAUAAGCGCUAUAUCCGUAUCCACAAAGAGCAUCAUGGAUUUGCACCGCCGGAAGCUCGCCUACCACCUUCUAUUCUGGGUGGCCUGGCUAUUCCUAUCGGCUUGUUCUGGUUUGCCUGGACUAAUGCUCCCUCAGUUCCCUGGAUUGUCUGUGUUCUUGCUACCGCUCCCUUCGGCUUCGGCAUGGUGCUGGUUUUCUUGGGAAUCAUGAACUACCUCAUCGAUUCGUACACCAUUUACGCUGCAUCAGUUCUUGCUGCAAACUCUAUUAUUCGCUCAUGCUUCGGUGCAGUCUUUCCGCUGUUCACCACAUACAUGUAUCACAACCUCGGCAUCCACUGGGCAUCCUGUAUUCCAGCUUUCCUUUCUCUGGCCUGCGUCCCGUUUCCUUUCAUUUUCUACCGAUAUGGCCCUGCCAUUAGACAAAAGUGCAAAUACGCAGCGGAGGCGGAUGCCUUCAUGAGGUCAUUAACUCGAAAGUCUCAAGAUCAGGAUCUCGAGGACGAAAAAGACUCUGGAAUGGAGUGCGAUGACUCCGGUCUUGAGAGCAAAUACGAAAUGACAGACUCUCAUGAUAUCGCAGAAAUCGCCUCUACAACUUCUCGGUCGACAUUGGAGCGGACAGAGACAUUGUAUGAGGGGAAUCCCUAUGACAUUGACCAUGUGAACACGCAGAACUCUGCCAUCACCCAUCAUUCAAGACAUGUGAAAAGAAGUUGGCGGGACAUCUUCAGCUUUGGCCGCUAG